CCCAACAAUGCAGCCCGCGUCAUAAAAGAGUGAAAAGUUAUCUUUACGCACGGGGCUGGCGGUGAGGGGACUCAGACGUGACAACAACUGUAUGCACAUGGAUCGGGCUACGUGUGCUGGUUUGUCUGCAGCUUGAAAGUUAUUUGAAAAAUAAGGAGAAGACAUGAACAGCCUUACUAAAGUGCCAAAGGAGAACCAGUGUGGGAUUUACAAGAUCUCUGAUGGUUUAUAGCUGGGUCUACUUCAAUAGCACAAUUAAUAUUUUUGAAAGCCUGGAUAGCCACCUACAGAAGAGAGUCACUUUUGGGGACGCGGGAUCUGAAUUACGCACAGGAUUCCUCUAACAAAUGACAACUUUUCAGUGGCUCGUUGCUCCCCAACUGCAUCCCACCACCUCUUUGCAUCACACCGAUCUACCGUGUCACCCUGCUCACCAGGUUAAUACACGUGGGGAGUAAACACCCCUCUGUCUCUUUCACUGUGCCGGUGGCCACCUGGCCGAGGAUGUGGGGCGGCGGAUUCCCGAUGUCUGUCACUGCGAUUGUGACUCUGCUCUUGGUCAUUAUCGAUGUGAAAGCCAGCGGGGAGUAUUGCCACGGCUUCCACGACUCCCAGGGCGUGUGGAAGGAAGGGUUCCAGUGCCCGGAGAAGAUCGACGGUGAUGACGCUAUCAUCUGCUGUGGGAAAUGUGAACUGCGCUAUUGCUGUGCCAGCACGGACGCACGGUUGGAUCAGGGGAGCUGCGAUAACGACCGACAGGCUCAGGAGCCCGGGACAGAAAGCAAAGAGAACAAGGACUCCGGCGCAGUGCCCAUCUAUGUUCCCUUCCUGAUCGUGGGCUCGGUGUUCAUAGCUUUUAUCCUAGUCGGCUCUGCGAUUGCUGUGUGCUGCUGCCGCUGCCUCCGACCCAAACAGGAGCUGUCUUCAGGAGGUGCAACAGGAGGUGGGGCCAGUGGUGGCCGCCUCUUGGAAACCAUCCCUAUGAUAGCCAGCACCUCCAGAGGCUCAUCAUCCCGCCAGUCCAGCACAGCCACCUCAUCCAGCUCCUCGGCUCCGCCUGCUGCUCCCCGCCCCGCUCCCCCUGCCAUCAUACGGGCUCAGGCCUCCUGCUGUCUGACGCCUGAUGCCAGUGUCUUUGUCAACAUGCCCACCAACUUUUCUGUACUCAACUGCCAGCAGGCCACCCAAAUCAUGCCUCACCAGGGACAAUUCCUGCACCCACAGUACAUUGGCUAUGCCCACCCUGUGUCCCCUACCCCAACCUUCAUUGACCCCACCCAGGGAGGAUACAGACCCCUCCAGUCCCCCUGCCCUCCUGCCACUGGUGGGUCCAGUGUAACCAGUGACCAGAAAUACCCUCCAGUGACAGUGUGAUGAGGGGCCAACUUGCAGACCACUCUGUCACUUUGUUGUGAAGACUAACUUCUAACUUGUGAAGUUUAACCUGUGAGGGCCAGAGACUUUGUUGGGAUGCUGCCAGAGUGUAAAAAGAAAGGCAUGGAGUCAGAGACACACAAUGAACUCAGAAAACGAUUGCUGGCAACAGGGGAUGCCCUGCUAUUGUGUGUGGUGUGUGUCUUUUAGUGUCAUGUGACCUUUUGACAAGUUGGAAUGAGCUAAGCUCAAACUAUAAUGGAGGCAUAAACAAUUUUCUGUCUUGAUGCAAAGACAAAACUGCAUACACAACUGCUCCAGUUAUACAGUCAAGAUGGGUGAUAAUACACAGCUCACUGCAGCCUGCAGCUCAAACAAAGACUGUGCAUGAGUUUGUGUUUGCAUGUAUGUGAGAGUGAUAAAAAAGAUGUGCUGGCUUAUAUGUGCAGGAAUGAGUGAUGACUGGGUGAUUUAUAGCAAUGAAAAGUGGAUGUUCAAGAAAAAUGAUGACCACAUGCUGUGUGUUUUUGCCAUGUGCACAUCUGCACUUGUGAAUGGCUGUGAGUGGUUUAUACAAUACACUAUGUGUUUGUUUGUGUUGAAAGAGUGAGGAAAGAAAGCAUGUGAAAAGAUAACUGCACUGUAUGUGUGUGAGUAUGAGAGAGAGUGUGAAGCGUCGAGUGAUGUGGUUGUGAGAGUAACCAUGAGUGAACUGUUUGUAAUGGGAAACACAGGUGGUGUGAUGUGCAAGGCAGUGGCAGUCUCCCCUCAGACCAUUUAAACUCUAAUGAAGGGAACACAGGACACAGACUGUAAUGCUCCAUCCUAUCAUACAACUUCCCUCCCGCCACCUGAAAAGAAACACACACAAAAAAAACACAAAAACUUCCGCCCCAACUGCCCUAAACGGAAACAUACACAGACUGAAAAAAUAAAAACCAUCAUGCAAGACUGGCAGUUAAUGUACCUUAAAAGUGAGUAUGUGACAGAAGAGUGAGAGGCAGUUCUCUGAAGAGUACAGAGUUAAUUAUACACAGAAAAGUCAUCCAAAAGCCCCCUUCUCUGAGAGGUGUGUAUGCAUGUGUGCAUUUAACACUCCCACAGUUCAGUGCGUCAGUAGAGGGCAUCUGCAGCUCCAGGAAAGCUUUCUGACAUUAUGUUCCACUUAAGAAAGGCACAGAGAUGGCAAUUAUUGGUUAUUAAUCUGAAAACAAAAAAAGAAACUUGCAGGUUAGACAAUGUGUUCUGCCAUGCAACUGGGUCAGUGGUAACUCAGUAAUAUGCAACUUGAGGAAUGUGCUACUCCACUGAGCAGCAUGCAGCCUGGGGUGUCCUUACAGUAGCACUAAAACUACUGUGUGUGCAUACCUCAUCUGUACUCCAAGAAGAUACAGUAGGCAGCUUGUUUGAGAUUUAAAAAAGUGUAAUCUGUAAAAUGAUUAAUGAAAUUUGGGCCAAUGUCUUUGGUCCCUCUGAGAAAAACAACCAUUUCAUGCAGGAGUGAAUUUUUCAUACGACUUCUAAACAAAUAAACAACUUUUAA